AUGUCGAAGCCGCCUUCCAGAGUUGUCUUCGUGGGCAAUAUCCCCUAUGGCCUUUCCGAGGAGCAGAUCAGCGACAUCUUCAGCAGCGCCGGCAAGGUCCUAAACUUCCGCCUAGUCUACGACCGCGAAACCGGACGGCCCAAGGGUUUCGGCUUUGCAGAAUAUCCAGACAAUGACUCCGCAGCAUCGGCUGUCCGCAACCUCAACGACUAUGAGAUUAUGGGAAGGAAACUUAGGGUCGACUUUUCCAACGAGGGCGGCAGUGACGACAACAAUGAUAGCCACGGACACGGCCGAGAUGGCGGCAACCCCUCCCACGCCUCGAACGGAUACAACCCUGUCGCGCCGCCGAUGCAGUCGAGUACGCUGCCUCCUCUCCCAGCCGGCAAGGAGCUGCCCCCGAACGUCACAGCAACCGACGCCAUCUCACGGACUCUCAACACCCUUCCCCCGUCUCAACUCCUCGAUAUCCUCACACAGAUGAAGGCGCUGGCCUCUACCGACCCCGCCAGGGCGACGGAACUUCUCCAGCAGGCACCGCAACUGGCAUACGCCGUCUUCCAGGCUCUCCUGCUCAUGGGUCUGGUGUCUCCCGAGGCGAUCCACUCCGUCAUCGAGCCUGGCGGCGCGCCCCCGGCGCCCCCACCGCAGGCCGCGCCGAUCGGUUACCCGCCACAGCCCACCCCCGGCUUCCCGCCGGUCCCCGUGAUGGGAGCUAACAACACCCCGCCUGUCGCCGGCACGCCGUACGCGCCUCCCCCGCAGCAAGCUCCUUAUGGCGCACCCCCGCCGGUUGCUGCACCUCUGGGUCAAGACCCCGACGCUCUCAUGCGGCAGGUUAUGGAACUGCCGAUGGAGACGAUCAACAUGCUCCCCGAGGCAGAGAGACAACAGAUCCUGGCGCUCCGCGCAAGCUUUGGUGGACAAAGGCGAUGA